AUGGUGGACAUGGGAGCUCUGGAUAACCUGAUUGCCAACAUGACCUACCUGCAGGCCCGGGAUGGUGACAGCCGGGAGCUGCGCAGGCAACACCAGAGCCUGGUACUGCCUGGGCCACAGGACUGUGCAGAGCUGCACAGAGAGCUGACACCAGACUUCCACAGCCUGUGCCAGCAGCAGCCCAUUGGCCGCCGCCUCUUCAGGGACUUCCUGGCCACUGUUCCCAGCUACCAAGUGGCCGCGGACUUCCUGGAAGAGGUGUGCAGCUGGGAGUUGGCCGAUCCGGGGUCAGGCCAUGGCCUCGCCCUGCAGGCACUGCUGGUUCCCGUGUCCUCACACCCCUUCCCCAGCCCUGCUCUGGCCACCAGGUGCCAAGCAGCCACCACCGAGGAAGAGCUAGCAGCCUUAGUGGUGCUGGCCAAGGCAGAGGCCACAGCCUUCUUGCAGGAUCAGCCCUUACGGGACUUCCUGGCCAGCCCCUUCUAUGACAAGUCUCUGCAGGGGAAGCUCUUGGAGAGGCAGCCGGUGUGCGACAAGGACUUCACUGAGUUCCGCCUGCUAGGGAGAGGUGGUUUUGGGGAGGUGUGUGCCGUCCAGGGGAAAAACACGGGGAAGAUGUACGCCUGUAAGAAGCUGGACAAGAAGCGUCUGAAGAAGAGGGGCGGGGAGAAGAUGGCCCUGCUGGAAAAGGAGGUCUUGGAGCGGGUCAGCAGCCCCUUCAUCGUCUCCCUGGCCUGUGCCUUCCAGACCAGGAGCCACUUCUGCCUGGUCAUGAGCCUGAUGGCCGGGGGUGACCUCAAGUUCCACAUCUACUGUGUGGGCGAGCGGGGACUGUCCCCCAGCCGGGUGGUCUUCUACGCGGCGCAGAUGGCCUGCGGCCUGCUGCACCUCCACAGUCUGGGUAUCCUCUACCGGGACCUCAAGCCCAAGGAUGUGCUCCUGGAUGAUGGGGGCAGCUGCAGGCUGUCCGACCUGGGGCUGGCAGUGCACAUCCAGGAUGACAAGCCCAUCACCCAGAGGGCUGGCACCAGCGGUUACAUGGCUCCUGAAAUCUUAAUGGAAAAGGUGAGUUACUCCUACCCCGUGGACUGGUUUGCCAUGGGCUGCAGCAUUUACGAGAUGGUGGCAGGCCGCACACCAUUCCGAGAUUACAAGGAGCAGGUCAGUAAGGAGGACCUGAGGCAGAGGACCCUGAAAGAGGAGGUCUCCUUCCAACACGGCGACUUCACCAAUGACACGAAGGACAUCUGCAGGCUCCUCUUGGCCGAGAAACCAGAGCAGCGCUUGGGAAGCAGAGAAAAGUCUGACAACCCCAGGAAACACCCUUUCUUCAAAAGCAUCAACUUUCCCCACCUGGAAGCCGGCUUGGUGGAACCCCCAUUUGUGCCGGACCCUUCGGUGGUCUACACCAAGGACAUCAAUGAAAUCGAAGAUUUCUCUGAGGUUCGGGGCGUGGAAUUCGAUGACAAUGACAAGAGGUUCUUCCAAAGAUUUGCGACGGCUGUCCCCAUCGCGUGGCAGGAGGAAAUCAUAGAAACGGGGCUCUUCGAGGAACUGAGUGACCCCAACAGGCCGGCAGGUUGUUCAUCCAGGUCGGGCCUGUGGUUGUUAUUGUAG